AGCGAGAGCGAAUUUAUUAUAUAUAGUAAUAUAAUUUACUACUUAUUAAUUAAAAAUAAGCGGGUAAUAAGAAGUAUAUUAGUAUUAGAGGUCUAUAAUAUAGUUAACGGUAUUAACUUCUCUUACGUAAUUUUAAUAACGCUAAGGAAGAUUACUAAUCAAAUUAGCUUUUUAUUUAUUUUAAUAGUUAUUUAUACCGAUUCUUAUUUAUUAUAUAAAUACCUUAUUAAAUUAGGAACGAUAAAAGAAAAGAGGCUUAUAAUUAAUAUUAUAGCCCUUAGGUAA